AUUCGUUCGCGUCGUCCGACCUCGAACGGGCUCCGCAUAGACGCAUAUCUAUCUCACGCGGCAUCGAGAAACGCAGCGAUGCCUCCCAGCAGAGGCAUCUGGGCCACUGGCCGCCUUGCGAGUGGCAUCUCGAGACAGCCAAUUGCUGCCAGAAUCAACGUGCGGACGCUGACGUCCACAUCGUCGCUGGUGAGGCAGCACGGCGUGAGAGCCAAUGCUGUGCCUCGGGCAGCUCUGCCUGUCACGGGAUACGUGCUUGCAAGUGGCAGGGCGAACCUGAGUCUGUGGCCGUUCUCCAGCAGCAGCAGCAAGUCAUCGCAACAGCCGGUCCCCGAAGGGAUACCAGACGGCCCCUCCUCUGCUCCUGCACCGUCGGCCGCAUCAACGCCAUCGGAAACCGCACAAUCCUUCGCAUCAUCGAUACAGGAUGCCGCAGGCGCAGCGUCGGCACAGGCGCAGUCAUCGUUGGAAGAGGCAGCACGAGCGGUGACGGGUUCGACAGAAACGGCAGAUGCAGCAGCGGAGGCGGCUUCAAUCAACCCUGUCCUUCUUGACAACAUCACCCAGAUCGGCCAACUGAAGCAACUUGGCCUUGACUACGGCUGGGGGCCUACGUCAUGUGUUGAAUGGGUCGUCGAGCAUAUCCACGUGUACGCAGGUACUCCCUGGUACGGCACCAUCAUCCUUUCCGCCAUUGCGAUGCGUCUUCUCAUGAUCUAUCCUUUCUACCGCAUGUCCAACCAGCAGGCCAAGCUGCAGAGACUUCACCCGCAACUCCAGCACUACAUGGCCGAGUAUCAGGCUGCCCAAGUCUCUGGCGACAAGUUGGCGGCGCAGAUAGCCAGCAAGCAGGUCUCCAUCGUGAGACGGAAGAAUGGCGUAAGCAUGGGCUGGAUGCUCGCUCCGGUCUUCGCACAGGGUGUAUUUGGCUUUGGAGCGUUCAAGCUUACGCGUGCUAUGGCUGCGCUGCCUGUGCCGGGCUUUGAAACCGGUGGUAUCGCGUGGUUGACGAAUCUUACUCUUCCGGACCCGUACUUCAUCACACCGAUCGCACUAGGUGUCACAAUGCAUCUAAUGGCGAGGUGGGCCCAAGUUGACGCCUCUGCUACCGCCGAUCCAUCCGUAGCCAAAAUGACAAGACCGCUCGGCUUAUACGUCUUCCCAGCACUCAUGUUCCUCUUCACGUUUUGGCAAUCUGCAGCCCUGCAGAUCUCCUUCCUGACGGCUACCAUGUUUGGAACGAUCCAGAAUCUGCUGUUCAGAAACGCAAAGUUUAGGGAGAUGAUGGGAAUGGAGCCGUUGGGACAAAGAAAGGCGUUGAAUUUGAGUGCGGCUGCAAACUUGACGGCCGCGUCCGGAGAGGGCUCCAAGUCGACGCCGGGACAGGCAGCAGCUCCGCAGCAGAACCCGUUCAAGGACAACCCGUUUGCCAAUCUGAACACGUCGCGUCCGUUGAAAACGUCCGGUUCGGUUUUCGAAUCAGGCGUGCGAUAUCAGGCGCCGAGCGCGGCCGAGACUCUUGCUGCGGGACCGCCCAGGGCGUCUUCUUCGUCGCCGCAAGCGGUCGAAACGCCCAAGGACGGCAACUUUGUGACGAGAGAGCUGAAGAACGCUCGGAAGGGCUUGGGAAGCAUGGUCGAAGGCAUCACUGAGAAAGGCAAGACCAUGAUGGCGAACCAGACCAAAGCAGGAGACAAGGGGAGAAGCGCCAAGUUCUUGAGCGAGGCGAGGCGGUACGAGGAACAGGUCAGAGCAAGAGAGGAGAAGGCGAGAGAAAUGAGAGGAAGGUAAGAGAGGGUCGCAAUGUGCUUGCGUGUAUAAUAGUACCUUUUGCCAUUGGAGAACCUGGCUGCUGUAUGUGUGCAUAGAACUCUUCUCUUGCGUUUCGUGAGUAGAAAAAGCAAUUGAACCGUGUAUAACA